CUGCAGGGGUGAGCACUGAGCAAAGCAGAGUCACAGCAAGCCGGGGUUCGAGAGAAGAACCAUCCAAUCCAGGCUCGACCUGGGAAUGAGUGUCAGUGCUGGGAUGGACAGGGUUCUUCUUCUCCCCGCCCUCCUGCUCGCCGCUCUGCUGCUAGCCUGCAGCGGCGGCAUCCAUGGCGCCACCUUCAGCAGGUACAGCUUCCCCAAGGACUUCAUCUUCGGCACCGGCUCCUCGGCCAUCCAGUAUGAGGGAGCCUUCGAACGGGGCAAGACCACUUGGGACACCUUCAGCCACACCCCAGGUAAAACCGCGGACAACGGCACCACAGAUAUAGCGAACGACUUCUACCAUCGCUACAAGGAAGAUCUGCAGCUGAUCACCGACAUGAACAUGGACACCUUCCGGUUCUCCAUCGCCUGGAGCAGGAUCCUUCCAACUGGAACCAUUGCCGGAGGUAUAAACCAGAAAGGUGUCGAUUUCUACAACAGCCUCAUCAAGGAAGUUCUCUCCAGAGGGCUGGUCCCGUUCGUGACCAUCUUCCACUUCGACACCCCGCAGGCCCUGGAGGACAAGUACGGGAGCUUCCUCAGCGACAAGAUCAUCAAGGACUACGUGGAGUACGCGGACCUGGUGUUCGGGCUAUUCGGGGACCGAAUCAAGCUCUGGAACACCUUCAACGAGCCAAUGAUCUUCUGCUCGGGCGGCUACGCCACGGGCAUCGCCGCCCCGGGCCGCUGCUCCCCAUACGUCUCCAAGACCUGCGGCGCCGGAAACUCAGCUACAGAGCCUUACAUCGCAGGCCACAACCUUCUCCUCGCACACGCCGAGGCCGUGGAGCUCUACAGGACAAAGUACCAAAAGACCCAAGGCGGCAAGAUCGGGAUCACGCAGGUGUCCAACUGGUUCGAGCCCUACGACCCGAAAUCCUUGGCCGACGUGCGCGCGCAGGAGCGCAGCUUGGACUUCAUGUUGGGCUGGUUCCAGCACCCCGUGACGUUCGGCGAGUACCCGGCCACCAUGCGCGGCCUCGUGGGAUCACGGCUGCCGGAGUUCACCCCGGAGCAGAAGAAGAAGCUGGCCGGGUCAUUUGACUUCAUCGGCAUCAACUAUUAUACCAGCAACUACGCCAAGCACGCCCCGGCGCCCAACGCGCUCACGCCGGCCUAUGGCACCGACAACAACGCCAACCAGACCGGCUACCGCAACGGCGUCCCCAUCGGCCCACCGGCUUUCACGCCCAUCUUCUUUAACUACCCGCCGGGGCUGAGGGAGCUGCUGCUGUACAUCAAGAGGACAUACAAAGACCCCGCCAUCUACAUCACGGAGAACGGGACUGACGAGGCGAACAACAGCACGAUCCCGAUCAAGGAAGCGCUCAAGGACAACACCCGGAUCAUGUUCCACUACAAGCACCUCGAGUUCGUCUACAGGGCCAUCCGGGAGGGCGUGAACGUGAAGGGGUACUUCACGUGGACGUUCAUGGACUGCUUCGAGUUCGGGGACGGGUUCAAGGACCGGUUUGGGCUCAUCUACGUGGACCGGGCCACGCUCGCCAGGUACCGCAAGAAGUCCAGCUACUGGCUCGAGGGAUUCCUCAAGAGACGCCACUGAUCGAUGAGCUGCUGGCUGGCCACGACGGGCCCCAUUCGCCACGUACGGCUUGGAUUUAAUAAAUUCGAGAAUCGGAUUUGAAUGAAGUGAUGAGUGAAUAAAUUAAGGUAGAUUGGCAGUGUGGGUCGAGAGAGCUAGUCUACCGUGGAUUGCAGGGUGCGGUUUGUUCAUGUACGUGGCCAGAUAAUUUGGCGAUUGUUGUAAUUUGAUUACGCUUAUCAUUAAUAAAGAGUAAAUUUUACAAA